AUGUUCAGUCGGUCCUUGCAUAGGGCGUUGUCGUCUCCCAUAUUGAGAUCCAGUCCACAAAUCAGAGGAAGGAGUUUUGCAAGUAUCCGCCAAGCGCAACCCAAUGUUCAUCACCAAUCAAAGAUUCUUAAACUAACAGGACUUCGAGCAGCCAUUGUCGCCGUUAGCGGAGGCGCCAUAUACAUCAUUGAUAAAGAGUACAACUCGAGUCUUGCAACUAGGACUGCUCGCGCAUUGUAUGUACUUCUCUGGGUCGCUUAUGAGUACGGGUCCAAUAGCAACAGGUAUCGCGAUUUGAAUGAUUUGCAUGAGAUUGCCAGUGAAAAAUUGUUACUGAUGAUGACAACAAAUAAGGGACUCUACAUCAAACUAGGACAAGCAAUUGCAAACCAGGGUACCUUAUUCCCCAAAGCCUACCAGGACAAAUUCCCCAAAUUGUAUGAUGACGCUCCAACUGAUGCGUGGGAACAAGUCGAUGCUGUUUUGAAGUUAAAUUUGGGGUCAAAUUAUGAAGCAGAAUAUUUUGAUUGGAUUGAUAAGGAUCCCAUUGGAAGUGCUUCAAUUGCUCAGGUGCAUAAAGCAAAACUCAAGUCCAAUUUCGGAGGUCGGGAAGUUGCAUUAAAAGUGCAGCAUCACUACAUUAGUAGACAGGUUGUGGUCGAUUUAUGGGUUUACAACUUCAUUUCAAGAGUGUAUGAAAAAGUGUUUGAUAUACCAUUGACGAUGUUCAGCAAGUUUAUAUCUCAACAGUUGCAAAAUGAGACGAAUUUUAUUCAUGAGAUGGAAAAUGCCCAAAAGUUGCAACACUUGAUCAACGAUGAUUCAGAAUUGAAGAAUAUGAAUUUGAAAAUCCCCAAAAAUUAUCCUGAACUCACUACUAAGCAAGUUCUUCCCGCUGAAUGGAUUGAUGGUGUUGCGUUGACGAAAAAAGACGAGCUAUUGCAUCAGAAUUUCAAUCUCACGUUAAUGAUGCAGCAGUAUAUUCAGCUCUUUGGAAGACAAAUUUUCAGAUACGGCUUUGUUCAUUCCGACCCUCAUCCAGGCAACUUGAUUGCGCGAUACAACGAGAGGGGUCAGCAAGAACUUGUAUUACUCGACCAUGGGUUGUACACGACACUUCCUGAAAAAUUUAGGCUACAGUAUGGCAAGCUUUGGAAGGACUUGUUCCUACUCAACACCAGCGGUGUGCAAGAAAUUGCCCUUGAUUGGGGGAUUUCUUCUCCUGAUAUUUUUGCAACCUUGGUGCAAUUACGUCCAGUUAAGAUGGUACCAUCUAACUCAAACGGUAAAGACAAUCGUGAUAUAUCUGACUUGUUUAAAGAUUUCAUUGGUGAUAAACUGAAGUUCCCCAAGGAAUUGACGUUUAUAGUGAGGACUAUGAGGAUGAUUCAAAAUCUCAAUCAAGAGUAUGGAUCACCGGUUAAUCGAAUAAAUUUAUUGACCAGUGAGGCAAUUUCAGCUAUUUCAAGUGAAAACAAUGUAUCUUGGGGGGAAUAUUGGGAUAUAUUCAGGAUAAGGUUGACCAUGGUCUUUUCCAGUUUACUAUUUAGGUUGAUCAGAUUUAAACAGUGGGUGUCUGGUGACGCAAGUGAAAAAAAUCAAGGAUUAGAGGAUUACAUUGAGAUGUAUAUGGAGAACACAGCAAAGUCCUUGGGUAUAGAGUGGAUAGAGAUAUAG